GCUUCCUCUGUAUAUGUAUAAUAUAUAUAUAUAUAUAUAUAUCGAUGGUGUCAAGGCAAUACCUCGUAUCUCCAUUUUUUGAUAAAUUUGAAUUACCCGCUAUAGACAAAGAGCUAGAGAGCAUGAUAGUGCUGAACAAUCAAGCGGUUCCUUUUUGGCUUGCAUUUACCCAUAAUUCCCGCUCAAAUUCGUGCAAUACCUCGUAUCUCUAAAAAUAUGGCGUCUUAUGUAGAGUGUUUAUGUGAGUGUUGAUGCUUUAACGCAGAAAAAUAAGAUCAAAAAUUGCAAGAUGCGUGGCAAAAAAAUAUUGUAAAUGUGCCAAGCUGCGUCCUUGUCAAGCACAAGUUUUUUGAUUGGAAAAAUAUUGUUUCAGAUAUUUCUCCAACUCAAGAGCAGCAAACUAUGGAUUUUGAAAAUAUAAUAGACCAAGCAGAGAUGGUUUUCGAUAAUACAGACAAUAAUGUGGAUAGCAGACAAAAUUUAGAGGAACCACGUAGUUCUAAAUUCAGAUUUUCUCGAACUACAGAAU